AUGGGGGGUCGAGGGUUCGAUACCGCUCAGGGAAAAUUAUUUUUUAAAUCGUUUAGAUUAGUUCAAAAAUAUUUUAAAAAUGACUACAAAUUGUUUUUAAGAGUUCUCUACAUUGAUAUAGACAUUCAUCAUGGGGAUGGAGUUCAGGAAGCUUUUAAUUUUACUGAUAGAGUGAUGACAGUUUCUUUUCAUCGUUAUGGAAAUUAUUUUUUUCCUGGAACGGGAGAUAUGUAUGACGUUGGAAUGGGGCAGGGACGCUAUUUUUCUGUUAAUGUUCCGUUGCGUGAAGGAAUAGAUGAUGAAAGUUAUCAUGGAGUUUUCAAACCAGUAAUUCAAGCAGUAGUUGAAAAUUAUAAUCCAUCAGCUAUCGUUCUUCAAUGUGGGGCAGAUUCUUUAGGGUCAGACAGACUUGGAUGCUUCAAUUUAAGUUUUGAUGGACACGGAGAAUGUGUCAGACUAGUCAAAAGUCUCAAUUUGCCAACUUUGGUACUUGGCGGAGGUGGAUAUACUUUAAGAAACGUGGCUAGAUGUUGGACUUUUGAAACGGCAAUUUUGGUUGGAAGGGAUGGGGAGAUUUCUAAUGAAAUUCCGGACAAUUCUGAAUAUUUGGAAUAUUUUGCGCCCGAAUUUACUUUGAGAAGUGAUUUGCCUAAAAGAAUUGAAAAUAUGAAUAGUAAAGAGUAUUUGUCUGCCAUAAAAACUGAGGUUGUUGAAAACAUUAAAUUAGUGCGUAAUUCCCCAGCAGUCCAAAUACAGCCAAUACCUGACGAUUCUUUGGAUUUACAUGAAUUGGACUCGAUUAGACGGGAAAUGCAGGGAAGUUGA